AUGUUUAAAAGAACUGUAACCGGUAUCCAAGAUUUUAAAAUUAAAAUAAAUGAUAAUGCACAAAAGCCAGUUAUAAGUACUGGAUACAACUCAAAUAGUUUGAAAUGUUUAUAUACCAAUGCUACAUCAUUUGAAAAAAAUAAAUUAAAUGAAGUUAUAGCUGAAAUUGAAAUAAGCUCUCCAGAUAUAAUUUUCAUAACAGAAACAUGGUGGAAUGAUACCUCAGCAGCAAUUAUACCUGGUUAUAACCUUUAUCGCAGAGACCGAAUGAAUAGCAGAGGUGGUGGAGUCUGUAUUUAUGUAAAUGACCUAAUUGAUUCAUUUGAAGUCAAUAAUGAACCCUAUAAUAAUAAAAAUAUUGAGCAGAUUCGGUGUACCAUUAAAAUGAGCAAUGAAUGCAUAUUAUGUGGCUGUAUUUAUAGACCAGGAAGUGAUGAUUUAGUAAACUUUCAAAAUGUAAUCAAUUCUAUUAAAGAAAGUUACAAUUACUUCUCAAAAACUAAAAUAUAUACUGAGGUUUUAAUAUGUGGUGACUUCAAUUUUCCAUCCUUGAAUAGUAUAUGGAAUUCUUGUUAUGAAAGUGUCUGCAUUGGAGAAAAAGAGAGACAGUUUCUAGAAUGCAUUGAAGAAUUAUUUACAACUUCUCCUUUUCGCAUAUCCAGCUUGGUACAUAUGGAUCCUUUGGGGAAAACAAAAAGAGGUCAUCAUGUUUUAAAUUUUAAUUUUAAUUAUCAAUUACAUAAUCGCAAAAAUGAAAGUAUUACUACAAAGCGAGUAUACAUGAAAGGAAAUUAUCAUGAAUUUUCAAAAUAUUUAAAUAAAUUUAACUGGAGUCAUGAGUUUACUGGACUUAAUGUUGAUCAGUGUUAUGAAAGUUUUAUUAGAACUAUUGAAUACGGCUGUAAAGAUUUCAUACCGUCAUUUAAUCAAAAAACAACUGAAAGCAAAAGAUCCUUAUGGAUGAAUAAAGAAUUAAAACACGAAAUUCGACUUAAGCAAUCAAAAAAAAAUCCAAAACAAGUUUAUGCUUAUAUUAACAGUAAACUAAAAGCUAAAGACCAUAUAAGAGCAAUUUCAAUUGAAAACAAUGAAAUAUCAACUGACAGUCAAGUUAUUGCUAAUCAGUUAAAUCGGUUUUUCAAUUCAGUAUUCAUAAACGAAAGCCUAACUAAUAUGCCUACAUGUGAAAAUAUAACAGAAAAAAUUUGCCCAACCCCAUUGUUUAAUGGAAAGAUAUUAAAAAACGAUUAUUGA